AUGAACCUUCUCGAAGAUUUUGAAGAAGUGUAUGCCAAAGAGCAGCGGGUAUCGCAACCGGAGCCCCAUCCGAUUCCGGGCGAUGAAGUUGAAGCGGCUUCUCAACUGGACAGUUACCCCAUACUUGACAUCGAGCUGGAGGAGCCACGCACUGCCUUGCCAGCCAAGGAAGAAAGACUGGGGUUAGAGCUCCUUUCUGACGAUAAGCAAGGAGUAGAGGGUCGGCGCAGCUUCAAUGGUCGUCGAUCGGAGCAACAUCAGAGUUUUCUCACGAGCAAAAAUUCAAGUGCACUAGCUCCUACGCCGUCAGCAGACAAGCAACACCUCACCCGCAGUAGUUCGUGGCGGCAGACUCUUACACCAUCUGACUUUGCGACGCAGAACAAAAAUCUCUCGAAUCGAAAUACGACGUUGUCUCCGGCGUCAGAGAUCAGCUGCGCUUCGAGCUGUGUGACCACGCCGAAAACGGACCAUUUUAGUGUUGCAGGAGGCGGAUCGGGAUCUGCUUCAUCAUUGCCGGUCGCAAGAAAUUCUGCUUCUACACCGACAGUGUUAGGCGGAAGUGGAAGCAGUGGCUCGAAUGAAAACAAGAAUAAACUUUCUGUGAAGUUAAGGUCGUCUACCACUUCUUCACGAGAAGCAGGACCGGCCUGCGGUCCUCCUACUACGCCGGGGGCACUUGGGGAACUGCGACAUCUAGAAGAGUCGGAACAUCAGGAGGGCAGGAGUUCUUCUAGCAGUAUAACUUCCCUAUUCGAAGACCCGCGGCAGGCGAGGACGUCCACACAGAGCCAGAAGAAAAACUCGGAGUGGAUCAAUCCAUUGUAUGACAAAUCACGGUUAAGACCGGUAAAAAGGAAGGACUUGACGUUACAACCACAACCACGGAAAAGGACGACGAGGGCGUAUGGACAAUCGAGUUCUAGUACUUCCAAUGCCAACUUGAGUUGUUCUACUCCGACGCCAACGGAGGGGACGAGGGAUGAGCAAGGAGAACAAGGAGCAAACGAAAGCGCACAUGGUACAAAUCGUGAUGUUGCUGACCAUCCAGAACAAGGAAAAACAGGCAGCGCGGAUCAUGGGAAAGCUGAUGAAAGAAGGGGCAGUUGCAAAAUAUCCUCCUCCUCAGCCGCGGUAGUACAACAACCCGACGCAGCUCUUCUCGAGUUCGACCGGUUUGCGAAGUGGCGGAGCUCGGGCAGAAGCAAAAAGAAUUCGCAAAAUGUUCUUUCUUCGGGUUGUACGUCUGCUUCGAGUUCCAAGAGUUCCGUGGUUGUUGGCGGAGGUGUAGCUGUAGGUGCAUCUGCGUCUGGGCUUUUGGCAGCAUCAACAUCCACAUCUACGUCAUCCUCCUCUUCUGUGGUCUACAACCCCGCAAGAGAAACCACACAGUUGAACAACUUCAAUUUUCUGCAAACGCCCGCGGCGUCGAGGGUGAAGCUGUCAAGUUCGAGUAGCAGUGGUUACGGAAGAACCAGUGGUCGGAACACCGUUCAAAACCAGCAGUCGGGCUCUAGUGGCAGCAACACUCAACCAUGGAACAACACUAAACCGAAUAAACCCACCAGUGCCAACAUCGGCACUACCGGUGCUUCAAAACUUGCCUUGCCGGGGAACAACAACAAUACCAGCAGCAACACCACCAGCAGAGAUAGAAGCACAACUACUAGACCUUCCUCUGCGAAACCCCGGGUCUCGCUCACAAACUGGUACACGCAGGAAUCCGAGGAAUCCGGGAAAGCAAGGAAAACGAGUAUCGCGCUCCCUGUCACCCCCAUCGCACUGUCGGAUCAGGAUAAGGACUCGCCGUGCGUAGAAUUGGAUCAUGUCGAACUUGUAGCAAACGGAAUAAGCGAGGAAACGCAGCACGUCGUCGGCCCGUCAGCGGUUGCGAGUAGUACGAAACGGCUGUCAGAGUGGUAUAACGAGGGAUGCGAAGGAGAAGAUGAUGACAACGCCGAUAAUUUUCAUCAUGGCACGAGUUCUUUGUCUGGAGAGGAGGCGAGAACAACGGUGCCACGACCGAGUGGAGUACUACACGGGGUACCAGGUGGGGAGCGAGGACAGCGUGUGACUUCAUCGUUGGAAGCAGACGCGCCUUUACAUGUAUCGCAAGAAAAAACUGUUUCACUGUGAACUUGUGAUGCAGAAAAUGGAACACAGAACUACUUGUCUUGCUACACCUGCAAGACAUUGAAUUUUCAAGCGUGUUUUCCCUUGGAAGGCGCGCAUGACAGAUUUUCAGUGUCAUGUGCAACAAACUUGUGAUGCAGAUCUUGCAAAAUCAUCACAGUGAAGCAGUUUUUUCGUGCGAUAACAUGGAACUAGUCGAGAAAGCAGUGGAGAAUUGAUGUCCGCGAACAAAGGGAAGAACAAGCAGAAGGAGAACACAUCGGAAGAUGCACCAGCUGGUGUGGAUGAGGAAACGAUCGUGAAGACGCUCGCGCCGGGGGUGCAGCAUUUUCGCAUGGACAUUUCGUCGUGUGCGACGGUGACAGAUGAAGAUUGAUUUUUCAUCUGUAUUAGGCACGAUAGAUUCAACACGUAGUGGGACGAUUUGACCGCUCGAGGAACAACAGAUUCUUUCUGUUUUGCAGCAGCGAGUGUAGAUGCGCUCAUGCUUUCUGCUGCCGAAAAAAUGUAUUAGUGAAUUUUUAAGAAUAAACCAAACGAAGGCAUUUAUUGUGACGGGUGAAGCACAAAGAAGACAGCAUGGGAUUUUUGGAAAUGAAUUCAGCUUUUUUAUUGCCAUGGCAGCUUGCAGUCACAGGAGUGAGUGCUCCUGUCGCAGAAAAUUGAAAACGAACUCAAAUUAUUAUCUAUCAGAAAGAAGAAUUCUUUUCUUUUAU